CAGUUAUCCCAUUCCAAAUGCAUUUGAUGUCGGUCUGAUGCCAAGGGAGCAUGAAAAUCCCUAAUCCCUCGUUGCCCAAUAUGUAGCAUAUCAGAAUCAGAGCGAUGACGAUCAUCGUACUUGGCUCCAAUUAAUCUCCUGGAUGUUGCUUCUCCUCCAAGAUCUUCAUUUAUCAGUCUCGCGCUUCUUUUUCCAUCGUUUUUCAACUGGCUUCUCAGUUUUUAUUGUUUAAUUCAUACGUCUUCAUUGCAUACCAGGCCCUAUGCUAAUCGUGUCUACCAGUGACCUCCCCUGCUCCGACGCCGCCGUGGCUCCUUCCGACAAUGGAAUUGCAAUCUCUGUACGAACCAUUCUUUUUCUGUAUUUAUCUUGCGUCGGGAUCGUGGUCAAGAGUUUGAUUUUCUUGCCUCGCUUUCCCUUCUUAUUUUUUGAGUUGUAAUUCCGAUGCUUUGUUCGGUACGGGCUGGCAAGGCUGGUCCCAAUUGGCUGGACCGCCUUCGUUCCAACAAGGGUUUUCCAAUCGCUGACAAUCUCGAACUUGAUCACUUCCUUACUGACCAAAACCUCGAUAAUCCGUCUUUGCUUCCGGAUUCCAACCCCCAUUCCACUCGGGAUGACCCCCACUCUGACUCUGAUCCCAAUUCUCAGCGCCAGGACAACUCCUCCUCCAACACUCCCACUGAAAAUGGAAACCCAUCUUCAUACGGAAUCAUUACCGACAUCCUCUCUGACCUCUUCAACAUGACGGGUGCCUCCCGUAAUUCCAAAUGUUCCGGCAAGAAGUACCCUAGGAAACAAUCCAACCCCAAGAUUUGCUCCCUUCCUUCUGUUACUAAUGUGGACUAUGUGGAUGUGAAGAAUCUGUGUUGUCUGCAGAAAGAAGAUAACAUCCUCUCAUCAAACUCUGAUAAUAGCUCAAAAGGUUGCAUCGACGCUGGAUCGGAUAUAGUACAAAAUGUGUGCCUUAAGGUUGUAGAGGAAGAGGUGGGAGAUGAGAAGUGCGAGAAGGAACUAAAAGGAUACUCCAAAAGCGAGGUCACGGUCAUAGAUACUAGCGACGACGUGUGGAAGUCUGACAAACUGAUUUUCAGAAGGAAGAAUGUAUGGAAGGUCAAGGACAAGAAGGGUAAGUUGAGGAGCUAUGGAAGGAAGAAGAGAAAACAGUUUUCUGAAAUGGAUGACCUUCCCGAUAGGAUUGCUUCCGCAAGUAAGAAAUCCAAAGUCUGGGGUUCAGAGGAGCGAUUUCAUUUCAAUGAACAACAAAUCCGUGGAAAGGAAUCUCUCAAACCAUUGAAGAAAGGACAUAAUCCUCAGAAUUGUUAUGGCCCUGAAAUUAGAGUAAAUGCACCAGAUAGUAGUAAUGAAAAGAAGGAAAAUGUUUACACGCUCUCCCAGAAACUUGGCAGCUAUAACCCCAAAGAAAAUGAUCACCCAAAGGCUUAGUAAGAGAAGCAUUUUAUUGAUGGCACAUAGAACAUUUGUAAGAUCCGCACUGACCUUUUAGUAUUUGGAAAUAGGUGUGCGGUAUUAGUUACCAUUGUGAAAUUUUGUUGAAAAAGAAAGUUGGAACUGAAGAAAGAAAUAAAUGAAUGGAGAUUGUAAAUUGGCGAUUCAAUUUUGAAAUAUUUUAGAGAAGAAAGAUUGGAGAUAAAUAGGAAUAAAUGAAAUUGGAAAACUUUUAAUUGGUGAAGUAUUAUUUAUGAUUUAAAAAUAACAAUAAGUGGGAAGGGGGAGGAAGUGAUGAUUAAAAAAGCAAUAAAAGAAAGAUUUGGAAGUGGGAGGAAAAAAAAAAAGAAAAGAAGAAAGAAAAAGAAUAAUAAAAAGAAAAAGAACGAAGACUUUGGGAAAAGCCAGAGAAGAGGGAGAAGAGAAAAAAGGGGAAAUUAAUAGAAUGAAAGAAGAGAGAAAUAGAAGGAGAAAGAAAGGGAAAUGGAGAGAGAAAGAAGGAAGAGAGAAAAGGUGGUCGGGUGGUCGUUUGCAAUGUUGUGGUUACACCGGAAGGUGCUAGAAAAGCAUCGGUUACUUCCAAAAAGGUGCUGGAGAGGUCGAUAGGUAAUAUAUCAAGUCUGUUAAGCUUUUUCUCUUUAAAAUUUGGAAAGAAAAAUAGAGGAUAGAAUAUAAAAGUUUGAGAUUUUAGUAUAGGUUUUUUAUUUCUUGUUGCUCAAAGUUCUAUGGGUUUAAGUUUUGUUGGAAAUUGAUUGUGUUUAAUUUUUGGUUUUGGUCAAAAUUAUGUAAGGAAUAACUAAGGUAAGAGUUUUUGAGAAAGCAAUGGAAAUCUUAGGGAAAUCUGAGGGCCUCGUUAGCUAACAGUCAUUAAAGAUGGGGUUGUUAAAACUCAAGUAAAAGGGUAAUUAGAUUGGAUAAAGAACUAUUUAAUCAAAACAAGAACUUAUCCUUAAGGAAAUACAAGAAACAGUCUAAAUAAUACAAGAAAUCCCAAGAUCAAUGAGGCCCUGCAUCAUCUUACCUUGAAUGUGGAGCAAUUUGAAGAUGAAGAGAAAGGAAAGAAGAAGAAGAAGAAGAAGAAGAAGAAGAAGAAGCAAAAAGAAACUUGCAAGCCUCGGUUAUGGAGGGAAGUAAGAAGCAGUGGAAAGUGGAAGAAGAAGAAGAAGAAGAAGAAGAAAGAGAGAGGAAACCUUAACGGACGGAAAGAAAAAAAAAUAAUAAAGAAAAUGACGAUGUCUAGUACAAGUGCUUUAAUGAAGAAGGAAGAAUGAAGGCCAUUCAUGUGGGGAUCAGAGAGAGGAAAAGUUGGAGGGAAA